AUGAAGGGGUUAAUUUUAGCGGUGCUACUGCUUUGCAGUGUCAUCAAGUGUGAGAGGAAGGAGAUUGACUUUGACCUUUCGGACGAAACUACUAGGGAAGAAACGACCUUGUAUGUCACUCAAAGGGGUCACACAAAAAUCAACUCGUAUGUAACCAAACCUGGGGUGUCAAUAUGCAGAGUCCUAGACGGACAUGCACUAGUGUGGGAGCGUAAAAGUGGUGAAGAACGCUGCAAGAUCUUGUGGACGACCAACUAUGAGGAUAGUGUAAUUGUACACCUAUUCACCUUUCAUAGACGAAAGGCAGUUCACUUGUACUUUCAAAAAAAGACUUUUGGCUGGGUUAGAAUACCUGCCUCCAAAUACUAUGCCAAAAUUCCAACUACGGGCUCCUUGACGGUACAAGGGGAAUGA